AUGAUUAAUCCAGAGCUGCGGGAUGGCAGACCUGAUGGCUUCAGACGUCGGACAAUUUGCAACUUUAAACCAAACUGGAAGAUUUGCCUUUGUGUGUGCUUCGUGAUUAUUUUUGCAGCUUGCAUUAUUAUGAUAGUCAAAUGGCCAAAAUGUGAUAAACGUGUGGCAUGUUCAGGCGACUGGCUUGCAGUGAGAGAAAAGUGUUUCUAUUUUUCUGAUGAUACCAGAAAUUGGACAGCCAGUAAAAUAUUUUGCAGUUUGCAGAAAUCAGAACUUGCUCAGAUUGAUACACAAAAAGAUAUGGAAUUUUUGAAGAGGUAUGCAGGAACUGAUAUGCACUGGAUUGGACUAAGCAGGAAACAAGGAGAUUCUUGGAAAUGGACAAAUGGCACCACAUUCAAUGAUUGGUUUGAAAUUAUAGGGAACGGAUCCUUUGCUUUCUUGAGUGCUGAUGGAGUCCAUAGUUCCAGAGGAUUUAUUGAUAUCAAGUGGAUUUGCAGCAAACCUCAAUAUUCUUCAUAGAGCAGAAAAAACUUGAAAAUGACUAUCACACUUCAAGAUUGAAAGAAGAGCUAACUAUGCAAAAGUGGUUUUCUCACUCACUCUAUUAUAGAAUACAGAACCUUGUGAGUAAUAAACAAAAGAACCAAACGUGACUGAAUACAUGAAGGAUUAUAGACAGAACUUUAUAAAUUCAAGAUACAUAUCUGCUCCAAUAUGUGCAAAAAUCAGAAAAAUCCUGAUUCUACUAAGAAUUCAGAGCAAAUAAAAUAACAAUAAACAAUUAGGUGACCUGUGGCUACAAUGAUGGUUUUAAUAAGUCAAAUUAAAGGGAUCUAUAUUGAUAGGCCAGCCAAGAAGUACAGCUUAGGAACACUUUUACACUGUUGG